AUGUCUUUACGCAGCCACACUUCCUUCAUCAAACAAACGAGAAAGGGAAAUGUCGUGAAAGUGGUUCGGGAACAUUAUUUACGGGAUGAUAUUGGAACGGGAGUUGGAAAGGUUUUAGAGGAAAAUGCAGAGUGUUAUAUUAUUCCCGAUACUAAUGUAGUUUUGCAUCAAAUUACAAUUUUGGAACAUCGGAGCAUUAAGAAUGCUAUUAUAUUGGAAACAGUUCUCAAUGAAGUGAAGAAUCAAAAUAUUAAUAUUUAUAAGAGAAUUCGUACUUUGAUUGAUGAUAAGGAUGGAAAACAUUUUUAUGUUUUUUCAAAUGAACAUCAUAAAGAAACUUAUAUUGGAGAAAGGCAGGCUAAUGAAAGUGCCAAUGAUAGAAAUGAUAGAGCAAUUAGAGUGUCAGCUCUGUGGUACAUGCGAAAAUUGGCAGAGAGCAAACCUAUUUAUUUGUUAACCAAUGACAAGGAAAAUUUACGAAAAGCAUCGGAAAUGGAGAUUACAGCAAAAACUAUUCAUGAUUUCAUAAGAGAACGUGUGAAUGAAAGUCCGUCAACCUAUCCUGAAGAGUUAUUGGAACUGUUAAACUACACAGACGAAAUUAAAGACGAUGAUGAAGAAAUGGCUGACGGAGACGGCGAAAAGAAAAUAUUUGAAGAUCAUCUCCCAAUGAACACUCUGCUUCGAAGGAUAAAAACUAGAAAAUUACAUCAAGGUAGAAUCACAGUCAAUAGAAAUAAUAUUAAUGAGGCCUUUGUGACACUAAGAGGCAUGCAAGAACUUGUUGUUGAUUUGAAAGACAAGAAUAGGCCAAAACAAAAUGUAUCAGCGCCUUCUUCAAAUUACAGCUCUGAAAAAGAGGCCGAAGAAGAAUUGAGCUCAAUGAUCUCCGAAACGAAUGAUAAUGAAGAUACCUCUUCAGAAGCAGCACAAGCUGGUACAGAAGUUUUUAACACUGUAUUCAUCAAAAACUUCAAGCACAUGAAUAGGGCCAUUCAUGGUGACAUUGUUGCAGUAGAGUUGUUACCAAAAUCAGAAUGGUCCAAACCUUCCUCAAGCGCCGUUAUGGAUGACAAUGAAGUUUUAGUAGAUGAUGGCACAUCCAUCGUUACUGGUGAAAAUAUUGACGAACAACAAGAUGGAAAGACCUCUGUGACUUCGUCCUUCUACUCAAGAUUCAUGAACUCUGAACGUACCAUUCCAACAGGAAAGGUUGUUGGUAUUAUCAAACGAAAUUGGAAAUCCUAUUGUGGAAGUUUAGACGAAGAAACUGAACCAGCAGAGGGACUUAAUAAGGUUCUUUUUGUUCCAGUCAAUAGAUGCAUUCCAAAAGUUAGAAUACUGUCAAGACAAUCUAAGGAACUGUUAAACAAGAGAAUUAUUGUAGCCAUUGAUGGAUGGAAAGCCACUUCCAAGUACCCAGAUGGUCACUAUGUGAGCACCAUUGGAGAAAUUUACAAUACCGAUGCUGAAUCUGAAGUUAUUUUACUUGAACAUGAUGUUCCACAUUAUCAAUUUUCUCAAUCGGUCAUGAAUUGUCUUCCUGAUAAGGAUUGGCAACCCUCCGAACAAGAUAUGGAGCGUAGAAGAGAUUUGCGUCAUAUAAAUAUAGUGAGUGUAGACCCUCCAGGAUGUACCGAUAUUGAUGACGCUUUACAUGCAAUUCAAUUACCAGAUGGAUGCAUUGAAGUUGGUGUUCACAUUGCAGAUGUGACAAAUUUUGUUAAGGAAGGAUCAGCCAUCGACUUGGAGGCUGCAAAGAGAGGAACCACUGUUUAUUUGGUAGACAGAAGAAUUGAAAUGUUGCCAAGUUUACUUACAAACAAUUUGUGUUCAUUGAGGCAACAUGUAGAUCGUUUGGCAUUCUCAGUCAUUUGGAAGUUUUCUCCUGAAGGUGAUAUUUUGAGUGUUGACUUUACCAAAUCAUUGAUAAGAUCACGAAAAUCCAUGACCUAUGAGGAAGCUCAGAAAGUGAUUGACGAUAAGGACAGAGACGAUGAAUUGGCCACUGAUUUGCGACUUCUUUUGCACAUUUCUAAAAUUUUGAAAAAAAAGAGAACUGAAGCUGGUUCCUUAACCCUUGCCUCUCCAGCUGUCAAAUUUAGCAUGGAGACUGAAUCUCAAAAUCCAACGGAUGUAGAGCUGUAUCAAUUGCGUGAAACUAACUCUAUGGUUGAAGAGUUCAUGUUGCUCGCCAACAUUGCUGUUGCCAAAAAGAUUACAAAAGAAUUUCCAAUGGUUGCAUGUUUGCGUCGUCACCCGCCAGCAAAUCCAAAAAAAUUUGAACCAUUGCUAGAAAUGUUGAAGAGACAUGGAAUUACACUCGAUAUUUCAUCAUCCAAAGCCCUGAAUGACUCUUUGAGUAGUAUUAGAAAAUCUGGUGCCAUUAAGGACAAGUACAUGGAUACUCUCGUUCGUAUACUUGUCACACGUUGUAUGGAACAAGCAGUUUAUUUCAUUUCAGGAGAUCACAGUCAAAAUGAUUAUUGGCACUAUGGUUUAGCUGUUCCAAUUUAUACUCACUUUACUUCACCUAUUCGUAGAUAUGCAGAUGUGAUUGUACACAGAUUAUUAGGAGCAGCCAUUGGUUAUUAUCCUCUGACAGCAAAGCUAACGGAUAGAGAAUAUUCGAGAAGACUCAUGACAGAGCUCAACAAGAGAAAUAGAAUGUCACAAUAUGCUCAACGCUCAUCGGUCGAAUUAUAUACUAAUAUUUACUUUAACUCUAAUCCUGUUCAAAAGGAAAGAGCUUAUAUAACACAAGUAAGAGACAACGCCAUUGUGGUGUUUAUUCCACGCUUUGGAUUCGAACAUGUCAUUUUCUUGAAUAAGGACAAUGUCAAGUAUACCAAGAUGGAAUAUAAUGAGCAAAAUGACUCCAUUUCGUUUAGUGAUGACAAAACGAAAAAAACUACGAUACUCACAGCAUUCGAGCACAUUGAUAUUCGCAUCUUUGUCAAGACAUCCAAAAAUUAUAGAAGGAAGUUAUGUGUGGAAAUUGUUGACCCAGAUGUUAUGGUUCUCGAUACUGCCUUUCCUUUCCAUUUGGUGAAAUCCCUCAAUAAUAAUGAGGAAUCGUCAAAGCAACAAAGACUUGUGGUGCAACGGUCUCAGACACCUUCAACGGCAUCAUCCUCUUCAGCAGAAAAGUUACCAUCUGCUUCCUCAGAAAAGUCAUCCAAUCAACAGUUACCAUCCAGGAAGCAGAAAGCCACAAGCUCUUCCUCCGUCACAUCGCCAAGCAAUCCCAAGAAUCAAGCAAGUAGUUCAGAAGAUUAUGUUUCCCCGUCAUCAGACGACAAGAAACGAAAACGUAAUACCAGCAAAGAACAGCUCAUGCAAAAAUUGAAACAACAAAAGAAGUAA